CCACUUCACGCGUUUCAGGCUGAGUUCGGCAGCAGCUCKUAAAACAUUUAGCGAACUUCUCUCCUCCGCUUCGCUCACGUAUUUGAAUUGAAGUGCACUUUCCUCGGCCGCUUUGGUGGAGUAACUACUUGGAAUAUUUUGAAUUUCGCUGUUUUUUUCUUAAUUUUUCUUGGCCGCAUUUUUCCRCCAGAGGAAGCGCUCCCUCACCGGACAGGAGAAAGUUUUCUUUACUUUUCUUUUUUUUCUCCUCGUCGGUUCUUGUUGGUACAUGCAAUGUCACGGAAUUCUAAAAGGAGAAAGAAAUGUUUGGGAUUAGUUUUAUUYUUUCCGUGUGAACGUGUUUCUUGACUUUUUACAUAUAAAUAUAUAAUAUAAAUAGCAGUUGAGCGUCUGGCGACAGGACUUCAUAAUCAAUGUGGUGUCAGCUGGAAGGACCCCGGGUCCGGAUCUCACCUAAACGCUGAUACGUCUUGGGAGUGAUGCACUGGCUUCCCCUGGUUGCCAUGGUGAUUGCCUCGGCCCUGCCCUACCCUCACAACCCGGCGACCGCGCAGCCCGGCUCCGGCAGCCGCCGCGACCCGGCCGCUCGCCCCGCAGCUCCUCCUCCCGCGGACGACAGCCUCCGAGGAAAUGCCUCGCGACCGGACGACGGCGCGGCUGACGCCCCGAGCCCGCACGACCUCCAGAACCAUCGGGGUCCCGAAAGACCCUCCGUUUACCAAGAGACCUCCACAGCCAGAGUGGAGGAUCAGAUCGCCUCCUUCCAAACAUUCAGCGUCUCAGACACGGACAGUUUGGAUUCUUCACCUCUCAGGACCGAGGAGCUCCCAGAGGAUAACGCUCUGCCGCAGGACUACGAAACCCACGGUUCCCGCAGCAGGAAGGUUUCUCCUGGUGUUUUGGACCUCACAGACUCUCCAUUACAGAUGUCCACAGUGGAGAACUACGAUGUGGUUAGCCCCGCCACGCUGCUGAAGGGUCGGAGGGGACUGGAGCCCACUGCUCCUUCAGGACCGGUUCGGAACGUGCCACAAAGCAGGACGGGAACUAAAACGAGUCCAGGCUCGACCCUGGAGGCCGGACUGGGUCUCCGGGCCGAGCUCGAUAGCCUUCUGGACGGAGACGACGUGUUUUUGAAUGCGCACCCACGAGUCCUUUUCUCCUCCUCCCUGUCGCCCCCCGAACACCCACCCGUGCUGCUGAUGCUGGAGAGCGGCCUGUCYGAGGACGGGGACGGGCGGGAGGAUCUGGACAGGCACGCCGAGGGUCACGGCGACCGCGCCAUCGACCGGAGCACGACUCCGAGUUGGGCGGACUACUCAGAGGCCGGCCGGCCCGUAAGAAGGGACAAGCGGUCGCACCUGAUGGACAGGAGGAGGGGGGAAAAGGCCGUCUGCGAGUCGGAGAGCGAGUGGGUCACAGACAAGACCACCGCCACCGACUCCCACGGACAGGUCGUCUCCGUUCUACCGGAGAUCCAGACGCAGACGGGACCCAUCAAGCAGUACUUCUACGAGACCCGCUGCCGCCAGGACAAGCAGCCGAGCGGCUCCGACAGGAAGAAGGGCAAGGCGGAGCGAGCGCUGGGGACGGACGGAGCCAGGUGCUUCGGCGUGGACAACAAACAGUGGCACAGCGAGUGCAAGGCCAAGCAGUCGUACGUCCGAGCGCUCACCAAGGACGCAAACAACCGAAUCGGGUGGAGGUGGAUUCGCAUCGAUUCGUCCUGCGUGUGCGUGCUGCUGUCCAGGACGGCUCAGGGGAAGGAGGUCUUGCCGAGACGGAGUAGAGGCUGACGGGAGGAAGUGGGGUGGGAGAAGAGCAGCUCAGACAUACGUUCUGUCUAAUAAUGGAAGUUAUCCACUUUUUCCUCAUCUCUCUGUUUUCUGCCCUCCUCAACGGGACUUAAAAAAAAACAACAAGACCUCAAAACUAGAUCUUAGGGAAAAUUGUUAUAUAGAGAUUUGACAUUAAGAAGUACUGUUUUUGUAUGAAUUAUCUUUCAUAAUCUAAGUUAUUUUGGUUAGUAUAUAAGCAUGUCUUUGAUAUUAAUAUAUUCCUUAACAUGUGUGUAUAAUAUGACACCAGUAUACCUUUAUGUAUUUCAGUGUGUAUUUAUAGAAGACGUCUUCAUGCAGUAGUAGGUCUCUCGGGUGUCUGAUGAUAACUCCAGCCUCUGGUUUCGCUCGUUGGUUGUAGAAGCAAACAGCGCCACCUACAGAGAGUUUAUCGUACUGCUCCAAACUCUCACCGGAUGAAUGAAUGUUGCAACACAAAAACACAAAAACAAACAAACAAAACGACAGCGUUUUCACACACCGAUCUGUGUGGCUAAAUGCAGUUUGUAAAUUAUGUGAUCCCCAAAGAUCUGCUGUUUUUCUUCACUUGGACCGCCGAAUAUAAUAAAAGACCUUUGUAUUCAUU